AUGGAGAAGGAGCCACAAGCCUCUUCCCCUAUAAAGGCGAUGCCAAUUCGCCACAUACCACCUCAAACCGACCUGGAGACGUCUAGCCAAGCCGCAUCACACCAAGAAGAGCACCUUCUAGCCACACCAGAAGAGGAGAUUGACCCUGAGCUGAUCGAGUUCGUGAAGAGAGAUCAAUUCCAUGAUCUGUUUUCAGAGUAUGCGCUGGAGCACAUAGAUCACUUUGACAACCUUUGUGAUUCCUAUGGAGUUUUUGACUUUGAGAAGAAGAUGAUGCUAUUCAGCACAUCACUAGCUGGACCAGCACUAGAUUGGGCGCAGCAUGAGCCACUCUCUACAAUCGAGUCAUGGAUCGAUUUCAGAGAAGCUUUCUUGGAGAUUUGCAAGGAACCACCUUUCAAAUCCAAGUACCACCACUACUCUCAUCAGCUGGAGAGAGAGCGUGAUGAAGAAGAAUGGGGAGGCAUACCACCUCAUCCUGAAGUUCUGAAUGAAGAGCUAAUCAAGCAUGUGGAGAGGAAUCCUUUCUACAAUUCUAUUUCAGAAUGUGCAAAGGAGCAUCUAUGCAACUUUGAGCAACUUUGUCAUGACUAUGGACUUGGAGACAACCCCAAGAAGAUACAACUUUUCCAACUAUCUCUAGCUGGACAAGCCAAAGACUGGGCUAAGUUCAAUGCCCAACAUGCUUUCAAGACUUGGAAUGGAUACAAAGGAGCUUUCCUCACAGAUUUGCCAAAGGUCCUGUUUAUGUUCCACCACCACGCCCAAGCUAUUCACAAUACCAUCCAUCAUCACCAGACAUAA